UCCAAAUUCAUUCAAUCAUUUUCUCAGAAUUCCACCUAUAUCCCCUUCCCAGCCUCUCCUUAACAAUGUCCACUCUAUCUAGUGUUUCCUCCCAACCAAACCAGAAUCCAAACCCUAAUUUUCCCUCGCCGAUGCUCGAACCGUACCUCGAACAGCAGCAAGAAAUGCAUCCUGACCCGCCCGAUUAUGAACCCCAAAACGAUGACGUAUUCUAUUCUGAUGACAACAACAAUCCUCCCCGGAGUUUCGUUUUCCCGGACCCUGACCCAGACCCAGACCUGAAUUUGGUUUCUCGGUCAACUCCCAAGCUCCUUCAUGUGUCGUUUAACCAAGACUACGGCUGCUUCGCUAUGGGCACUGACCAGGGGUUUCGAAUCUAUAACUGCGACCCGUUUCGUGAGAUUUUCCGUCGGGAUUUCGACUGUAAUGGUGGCAUCGGCACUGUGGAGAUGCUUUUCCGGUGUAACAUCCUGGCCCUUGUCGGCGGUGGUGAAACCCCUCAGUAUCCACUAAACAAGGUCAUGAUCUGGGACGAUCACCAGAGUCGCUGCAUCGGGGAGCUCUCCUUCCGGUCGGAGGUCCGCGGGGUCCGGUUGCGAAGGGACCGUAUUGUCGUGGUCCUCGAGCAGAAAAUUUUCGUGUACAAUUUUGCAGAUUUGAAGCUGUUGCAACAAAUUGAGACCAUUGCCAACCCUAAGGGCCUUUGCGCGGUUUCACAGGUGGCCGGGUCUUUUGUCUUGGUUUGCCCUGGGUUGCAGAAGGGCCAGGUUAGGGUGGAGCAUUACACGUCCAAGAGGUCCAAGUUUAUUUUGGCUCAUGAUUCGAGGAUCGCAUGCUUUACGCUGUCACUGGACGGGAAUUUGCUUGCCACUGCUAGUAGCAAGGGGACUCUGGUUCGGAUUUUUAAUACAGAUGAUGGCACUUUGUUGCAGGAGGUAAGAAGGGGUGCAGAUAGAGCAGAAAUAUAUAGCCUGGCAAUCUCGCCCACUGCCGAGUGGUUAGCAGUCUCAAGUGAUAAGGGUACCGUUCAUGUUUUUAACCUCAAGGUUAGUUUAGGAAACCUUGGAAGUGAUAGCUCCGAUAGUCUGCCUGAUCGAAAUCUUGCUGCAACCACAUCUAGUUCUUCUCUCUCGUUCAUCAAAGGAGUGCUGCCCAAGUAUUUCAACUCUGAAUGGUCAGUUGCUCAGUUUCGUUUGCUUGAAGGUGCUCGAUAUAUUGUUGCAUUUGGUCAUCAAAAGAAUACAGUAGUAAUUCUUGGGUUGGACGGAAGUUUCUAUCGGUGCAAGUUUGACCCGGCAACUGGUGGAGAGAUGGCCCAGCUGGACUAUCACAAUUUCCUUAAGCCUGAAGAAGCUUUCUAAGAAAGGAUAUGGAGAAAUGUACAUAUGUCCAUGGCUGUGACCAGGGGACGGGGGAAGCCAAGGGGAAGGUACUAUGGCUGGACCGUGCUAGGAAAAGAGUGCCGGGUGGCUCAGGGAAGCGAAUAGUUGGGGUCGGGCUUCUAUUAAAACUAUUUAUGUUAUAUUCAUAUUCCCCAUGAAUAAUGGCACUCGGCAUUUAAAGAACGGUCGGUUCCGUAGUUGGGGAUUACCUGGGCGAAAGAUUUAAAUGACAAGAAUGAAAGGUUGAGGAUCUAUUUGAGCAAAUUUAAUAAUUUGGGGCCUCUGUAAUUUUUCAAUCAUGAUAUUAUUAAUUAUUUGAUGCCAAGUAACGAAGUGAUAACAGUUUAAGUUCUAUGCAAUUCAAACAAUCGAAUUGAAAGACUUCCACUCGAACUACGUUUCUAUAUGAGGGUAAAUAGUAUUUGUACAUUAGCUUC